AUGCGACGGGUCAAUGUAGGCCACAACGUCUUCCGAUGGCGUCGUCCGGCCAGAGGCUUCGCCUUUACGCCGGGUCGAAACAGGAUUAUUCAUCCAGCGUUUGCUCACCGCCCUAAGGCAUGGGCGGAGCCGAAGCGGGAGCCGCAGCGCGCCGCAACGCCGUUGCCCAAGGUCGAGCAGAAGGUGGCACCCGAGGCGCCUGAGAACAAGGAGCUCACGAAGGAACAACUUCUGCAGUUCGUGGCACACCAAGAAGCCCGAGAGCAAGAAGCCAAGCGAAGGCAGAGGGCUCGUAGAACCAAGGCCAAGGUGACUUGGGUGGCCGUCCGACGGAACGCUCCUGCCUGGGCCACGAGGCGCUUCGAGAUCAGACAAUGGGGAGCCGAGGUUUUCCGUGCUAAAAUGAUGGCCAGAGAAGAGGCACUGGCAAUAGCCGCGCCGGAUGUAUGGAAGGAAGCCGCGGAAGCACGGCAGGAGAUCUCCAAGCAAGACGUCCGGAAGGCCGCUAGGGAAGCGGCGAGGAAAGCGGCCAGGAAAGCCUCCAGUCGAGCGGGAUACAAAGCCCGUCAGGACCGCAAGGAACGCAGGGCUCGCAAUGAACAUCGCAAUGAACUCAGGGCACGCAGGAAACUCAUUGCAGCCACAGGGGCGAGGCCACCAGUCAGCAGUCGGAUCAGAGCAGGGCAGUUGAGGACGGCCCCCGAAAUUAUUCGUCGAAGGAAUAGCAUUAGGACCUGGAAAGACAUCGUUGGUGCAGACAUCGAAGCCGAGAACCCACGUGGGUCGUCGAAGCCAUUCACUCGCCUCGAGGUCAGAAAUAUUCAGCCUUUCGACGGGUUCGUCACAAAAACCGACUAUGAGGUCGUCAGCGACUGGAAUACCCGCCGAAGACCCGGAGAGCCGUUUCCGCCGCCUACGCCGCCUACAGUGCCUCCUGAUGGCCUGCAGGAUCGGCAACCAAAAGUGGUAAAGAAUAACAGCCUCUUGACGCAGAUGCUUCUGGCUGCCCGUUACAUGGCCCGCUACCAGGGAAAGCGCAUAUCGUUGGACGACGUGGACAUAAUAGCGACCAGGAGCGUCCUGGAACACCUUAUUUUCUUUUGUACCAACGUCGAAACGAGACUCGUCCGCCUCAACCUGUACAUGGUAGGCCGCUCACUGCACGUGAUGCGACCUCCCACGGAGGGUACAGACAGCGGAGCUGUACCUAUUGCCGGUUUUGGCAGGAACUACGAAAAGGCCGUGACGGUACUCCCGCCCAGCCUACAAGACUCCCCUGACCACUUGCGUAACAUCAAGUACAAAAUUGGCGACGUUACCUGCCUGGUUCAGACUCAGGUUGAUGCUUAUUGCGGCGAGGAUGCGGGUUAUCUGGGCAAGACGACCUACAAGAAGAUCUAUGAUAAUGGCGACAUCGUUAUUGAAACGGCGGGUGCGGGAUACGCAGAACCGCCGCGAGACGGCAUGGCCGAGAUCAAGACUCAAUCGCGUUUUAAACCAGAAGAAGAGCAGAAGCAGAGGCAGGCAGAGGACUUCCGACAGGCUUGGCUUGGCCGCGUGACACACAUGAUCACCGCCCGCCAAAUCUACGGUGUAUUCGAUGAAGCAGAGGUGGUGCCAACCGCGGGUUAUUGGCGAGAUUGGGAGGACGCCAAUCAACUGGCUCUCCGAAGAAUGGUGACGUUGCUGAAAGAGAUGCGAAGACGGGUUAAGAAAACCGGGGUUCGAAAUUGUGUCGUCCUCCUGAGGCGUGGCCUUAAUAUGAACAACACCAUACUGUUUUACGAAACGGUGGACCAGGAGCCGACCGCGCCAGAUGAGCUGAUCUCGGAGUUCUUCGGUGGAAAGAAACCCCCCCGAGCCACCCCUGAGGCCUGGAAAGAGAAGCAGCGGGCUCGCCGCCGACAGAGAUCUACCGGGCUCAAUAACGAUAAGCGAACGUUGGCUUUGCAGAAGAAGCUGAAGAUGAUCCAUCAAACGUUUCGGAAGUAUGUCUCUAGCCCGAACGAAGUAUUGGCUGCUCCCGCAGACCACAGGAAACCAGCUGUUGCCCAAACUCGCCAGUCUAAACCCACCACGGACACGUCAAAAACGGAUGCGGACAAGAAGUCGGGGACUGUUGCGGGCAAGAAAGUGCCGCAGUCUCAACAGAACGGAAAGCCGGCCCCAAAGAAGACGAAAUCGACGCCAGCCAACGGACCGGCCGGCGGGCAGAUGAAUGCGGUGACAACGACGUCCGGAAAGGCUAAAAGGCCAUCCGUCCCGAUUAAGGCGGAUUGGGGGCAGCGCAACGUCGCCUUGGCUGAGAAGAAGACUCGACAGGCUGAUGCGGCCAAGAUGGCUAAGGCCAAGCCCGCAGCCCGGGCGUUCAAGCCGCAGGCACCGAGGCCGAAACCAGCGGCGGACGACGGCUGGGGAGCCGCUUUCGGCCCGGUCCCGGGGGCCGGCCGCAGACGCUGA